AUGAACUUUUUCCCGUCGCCUGUGGACGACGAGGAAAGUGCACAAAGAUCCAGGGCGAGCUACGCCUUGAUGCAUGGAAGGGCCCGCGACAAGGCCAUCCGAACUGUCAAAGGAGAUUAUACCCCGACAGACCACGACUGGGCUGCUUCACUAUCCCUCGCGCCAUUCGCCAUUUUUUCCAUGGUCAACCUGUUCCAAGCGGCCAACCAGGAAUGUGCCGCUGGUAUCAAGGUCAACACACUCGACAUCAUGGAUCUCAACGGCCUCGUCGCAAUUUUCCGCACCAACGUGCAGCACUGUGGCGACCCGGCCAUUAGACAGAUGGACUGGCUGUCAGUUUCGGCCAUGCCGGCGAGUGAGCGGCAGCGCAAGAAGGAUGAUUUCGAGGCCGAGUGCCAGCGCAGUGUCGAGCAGAUUAGCAAACUGGCCGCACAAGUCAGUCGCGACGUUGAGGGGCUCGCUGAGGACAGGAUUCGGGUGUUCGUGAAGAGGUUGAUAGAGGCGACGGAGGAAUGCGGCUGA